AUUAAAUUCUUUCGGAUAUCGUUUAUAUUAAUAGAUUUAUCGAUUAUUUGUCCCGUAAUUCUAUUCCAUCAUCAAUGCAUAACAACAAUUUUUUUCCUGGUAACCCAAGGUACACAAACAAUCUAGAAAUCUCUAUUUGCAUCACCGACUAAUCUUUCAGUAACUAAAACAAACACUACUUCUAUAUCAUCAUCACCACCAUUAAUCAAGAUCUACAAAAUUCCCGUUUGGGUUUCAUCAAGGUAAACCCCAGAUCCAAUAAAUGUUUAUAAAGUUUCAAUCUUUAUUAUUUUUGUAGAUUAUAAAUAUGGGAAAACCAUUGUUUUAUGAAAUUCUUGAAAAGCCUGCAACUAGCUGUAUUAUAGGACUGUGCACUUUAAUUUGGUUUUAUAUACAAAAGAAAAAUAUUGGUUACUCUCAUGUAGGCUUAAGUUAUGAAACUGCAAUUGAAGGUCAUCAUUGGAGAAUUAUAACAUCUGCUUUUUCACAUAUAAGUGUUGUUCAUUUAGUUUUUAAUAUGAGUGCACUUUGGAGCCUUGGUGCUGUUGAACAAUUAGGCCAUUUGGGAUUAGGUGUUAGUUAUUAUCUUCGAUAUUCGCUUGUGUUGGUUGUGUUAUCGGGUUUGCUUGUUUUGGCAAGUUAUCAUGUUUUGAUCAGUAGGUUCAAGAUUGAGUAUUUUAGACGGGUUACGGCUGUUGGGUAUUCGUGUGUUGUGUUCGGUUGGAUGACGAUACUUGCAGUGAAGCAACCGUCGUCAAAGUUGAAUCUUUUUGGGUUUCUUUCGUUGCCCAUUAGUUUUGCUCCAUUUGAGUCGUUGAUAUUUACUUCGAUUAUUGUUCCACAAGCGAGUUUUUUGGGUCAUUUGUCUGGGAUUAUUGUUGGCUAUUCGAUUGCGUGGGGUUUGAUUCAUGGGAUCAAUGAUUAUUGGGCGGUUUCUAUGUUGGGAUGGACGGUGAUUGUGUUUGUUAUCAGUUUGAAGCAAAGUGGUGCGUAUGAUUUUGAGUUUCUUGAGAUUGAAUCCGUUACUGAUCCUACAUUGCCGGGUACUGGCCGAAUGUUGCAAAUGAGUUCCCUUUUGGAGGCUCAUGAUGAACUUGUAUAGUACUUGUGAAAAGGCAUGUAAUUCUUGACUAUUCGCUUUAACAUUCUGAUUUAUGCUUAUAAUCUUUAUGUUAGUUUCGUAUAUGUGCCUAGAGAAGUAGUCUUGUUCAUUGUUGCCACAGUAGAACUUUGGUUUGGACAAGCUUGCGAGGAAACUGGCGUUUUUGUAAACUUAUACAUGCCUUUGGAGUUAUGUGUACAAUAUUAGAAUUGGUUAUUUAUGGUGAUACAGAAUAAAAUUUUACA